ACACAGCGCAUCAUCCACAGCCGGGGAUGUGGAGGUCAGUCUGUGACCAGAGUCUCCCUGUUAGACCUCUCUCCUCUGAGCAGAGUCUCCCUGUUAGACCAGAGUCUCUCUGUCAGACCUGACUCCUCUGAGCAGAGUAGACCUCCCUCCUCUGAGCAGAGUCUCCCUGCUGUCAGACCUCACUCCUCUGUCGUCUCUUCAUCCAGGAGCAGCAGAAUCCGCAUCGCGCUCUCCUCCUCGGCUCCUCCCGCCGGUCACGUCGCCGUUCCUCGGGUGGCAGGUGUCCCGGCGCGUCGUCGUCCUGGUCCUGGCUGCUGUUGCUGCUGCUGCUGCUGCACCUCUCUCGGUCCACGUCUCUGCAGCAAACCGGGCUGGACAUGCUCCCACGCGCUGAGGUUGGACGCUCAUUCAACAGAGGGUCACAGCCACAGACGCAUCAGCCCUCCUCCUCCUCCUCGUCCUGUCAGGAGUCAUCUGUUCGCCUGCGUUCACUGAAGACAGACAGGAAACUUACACUGUAGUGGUACUGCUGCUGUGUGUGUGUGUCAGCGCUUCAGUGCCUUUAGUGCUCCCUCAAGCCCUCUUCUGUGUGAGAGUGUCUGUGUGUGUGUGAGUGUGUGUGUGUGUGUGUUUGCAGUGAUGUGUGAUUGUGUCCAGGUGGAGGAUUAAGAGGAAGACAGGAGCACUUCAAGUCAGCAGAACAGAGGCAGCUGCUGCAUGUGAACGUGUGUGAGUCAAGGCUGAGCAGUCCAGCACGUGAAACUAGGUGUACCUACCAGUGUGUUAGUGUCCCUGUGUGUGUGUGAGUGUGUGUGUGUGUGUGUGUGUGUGAUGGGCUAGUGUUAACCGGGCUAUGAGUGCGUCUCAGAGGGAGAGAGACUGUUGGAUGCUGAGUUGAGCAAAGGGAGCAGAAGAAGGAGGAGAAUCUGAGAGAGGAGCAACCAUGGGGCUCGGACAGUCCAGCAAGGCUCCGGUCACAGACGACACGGACGACGUAAACUUCGACCACUUCCAGAUCCUGAGAGCGAUAGGAAAAGGAAGCUUUGGAAAAGUCUGCAUUGUGCAGAAGAAAGACACCAAGAAGAUGUACGCCAUGAAGUACAUGAACAAGCUGAAGUGCGUGGAGAGGAACGAAGUCAGGAACGUCCUGAAAGAGCUGCAGAUCAUGCAGAACCUUGAACAUCCUUUCCUGGUCAACUUCUGGUGGUUUUAUUCGUCCAUCAUGUCGGCGAUUAUUGGCUUUGUGUUGGCUCCUGAACUCUUUCAGACCUUCGAGGGCUCGCACCCCGGCUACUCCUUCUCUGUGGACUGGUGGUCACUGGGCAUCACAGCGUACGAGCUGCUUCGAGGACAGAGACCCUAUGUGAUGAGAUCCAGCACACCUGCUAAUGAGAUCCUUCAGACCUUCCACAAGGUUCAUCCCAGCUACCCAGCAGCCUGGUCUUUGGAGAUGAAGUCUCUCAUCAGAAAGUUGCUGUGCAUCGACGUCCAGAAGCGCAUUUCCUGUCUCGCUGAGCUCCAGGAUUUGGACUACAUGUCAGAUGUCAACUGGGACGCUGUGCUGAGCAAACUGAUCCCUCCAGGCUUCAUUCCCAACAGGAGAAGACUAAACUGUGACCCUACGUUCGAGCUGGAGGAAAUGAUCCUGGAGUCCAAACCUCUUCACAAAAAGAAGAAACGACUCGCGAGGAAAACCAAGGACCAGGGAUCUGAUGGAUCUCCACAGAACGGUCAGCUGCAGCAGAGGCUGGAUAACGUCCAGAGAGACUUCAUCAUCUUCAACAGAGAGAAGUCAAAGAAGGUGGUGGAGGACUCAGAUUCCUCCUCUGAGCUCUCCACCAGUGAGAAGAACAAGGCGAUCGAGGACGGACAGAACAACAACGUUGAACCUGCUGCCUACUUGUCAGGAUAACUCUCCUGAUCCAGAUCCCGACUCUCUCCCUCCUCACUGCAUCUUCUCACAGCUUCUAGAUCUGAUAGUCACACUCAAACACUUGUUGUCCUGUCAGCACAGGCCCUCAGAUCCAGUCUUCAACGUCACUGCACUAUCUAUACAAACAUUAAUGCAGAAUGUGCUCGUGCUUCAUCGUUCACACAUCAUCAUCACGAGCUCCUGAAACUGCAGGAGACGAACGGACUCCUGGAGCAGCAGCCGUGCACACCGCUCAGCUUCCUGCUUUCAUGGUCAUCACAAACAUAUCAUCGCUCCUGCGCGUCACUCUGGUGCUCUAACGUCAGCUCAACCUCCACGCUCUGCAACACGGGGAGGAGGAGGAGGAGGAGGAGGAGGAGGAAGUCGCUCCCCGGUCUGAAAGGAGACAACGCCACACCUGCUCGGCUAUCACAGGAAAUGAAGUGGCUGGAAGCUGGAUGUGCCGCUGCUGAUGCUGCUGCUGCUGCCGCCGCUGCUUAGGGCCGGACACUCAGAGUUUUAAUCUCAGCUAGCACGGCCUUUUUCUGAAUAACUGUGUCAAUUUAACGACGGCGCUGCAGGACGGAGAAUCAAAUCACAGAGAGCGGACGGGCUUCGUCAAAUCACGAGGACUGGAGCAUGACAAACAGAGAGCGAAACAUGAUGAUGAUGAAGGGUUGAUGAAGGUACAAUGAGGCCUUCGUUUUUAAGACAGCAACCACAGAUUCCUCUCCGAAACAGAACACAGAGUGGAACUGUAGGCUUGAGCUUGAAUGGCUCUCUUUAUAAUAAUAAUAAUAGCUGAUACAUGAUCACAGUGGUCAUUAUGCUUAGCUUUGCUAGUCGAGCUACUAAACAUGGUUGGAUUGCAGGAUUUGGUGCGACGGCCCGGAUGCAUCGGCUGCAGAUGGAGGCAGAUGUUUUUACUCACAUGAAAGAUACGACUGACUCAAAACAGACAUUAAUAAUGCAGGUUAUUUCAAAAUAAAGGUUUCAUUGUCAGGGUUCCCACUCUUUUCCAGAGGACAUGUUCAGUGAUGAUCAAGCUGGUAUGACAGUCUAAAUUGAGUUCCUAAUUUAGUUCCUAAAUAGUCUAAUAUGUUCCUCUCAGUGGAAGUCUACAUUGAAGACGUGCAGUCUAUGGCUAUCAAUGAAAUCAUCUCUUACAUGCUUAAAAAUGAUGGCUAAUUGAUGAUAGAAUAAUGCAACUACAGAUGUACAGCACUUCACUUUAUUAGUGCAACCAAGCAACAAUGAUGGGCAACAUCUCAGCUUUCUCUUUUCUCAAAAAAUAUCAAAUGAGCAAAGAAGAAAACAAAAGAGCCAGCAAAGGAAUCAGGAAGCUUCCUUACUGAAAUAAAUAAUAAUAAUAGUAAUCAGAGGAUCAGAGCUUUAAUGACCUAAAUAGAACUGAAUGACAAAAAUGCCCACAAUGUUGAAUGGGGAUGUGUUUUUUUAAACCUUGUUAGAUCGCACACAGUCAUGGUUUGAAUCAUUUUCCAGGACAUUUGACCUUUUCUCCCAUUUUCCAGGUGUUUUCCAGGACUGGAAAACUGGUCAACUGUUUUCCAGGUUCCAACCCUGAUAGUGAUUAACGUUUGCCUUUAUCUUGGACUGGCGACCCGGGCCGGGACAGAAAGGUUCAAAGCUGUGAAAACGUAGAAACUGUAGAUGGUAGAUGUUUAAUGUUCUGCACUGGACCUUGCUUUUGCACAUGCUUCCUCAUCUACUGUAGCAUUUCUGCACAGAGAGACAAAAAAAUCUAAAGCUGUGAGUGAAUAUUCCUUUAGGGACGGUUUUUGUAGACGAGGAUUAAGUGGAGUCCUAGAUUUAGUUUUCAGUUCGGUCUGCAUUGAGAUUUGUUUUUAACGCCCUUCCCCUUCUGUUGGAUUAAACCAGUUCCAGACUGUGUGUGCCCCCAGAUGUAGAUUUGUAUUUGCAGUUAUGUAGAGAAGCAUUCUGGUACGAUGACGCUCAACAAGAAUUCAGCACAAAGUCAAAUUAUAAACAAGUAUUAAAAAAUCAAGAAGGAAAUUAGACGACAGCAGGAGAGGCAACAACCUUCACUCUGACUCUAGACUUCUUAACUUCAAAGCUUGAUCUGGAAAGGAAACUGGACUUCAAUCUGACAUUUAAGACCACACUCAACCCGGGGUCAUGUGACCCCGAUGACCCACAGACGACCCACAGACGACCCACAGACUACCUAUGACCUAUACGACUGUCAGGAACAAGACUGACAUCUGUCAGGAACUAGACUAAGGACUGUCAGGAACUAGACUAAGGACUGUCAGGAACUAGACUAAGGACUGUCAGGAACUAGACUAAGGACUGUCAGGAACAAGACUAAGGACAGUCAGGAACUAGGAUGACGACUGUCAGGAACUAGACUAAGGACUGUCAGGAACUAGACUAAGGACAGUUAGGAACUAGACUAAGGACAGUCAGGAACUAGGAUGACGACAGUCAGGAACUAGACUAAGGACUGUCAGGAACUAGACUAAGGACUGUCAGGAACUAGGAUGACGACUGUCAGGAACUAGACUAAGGACUGUCAGGAACUAGGAUGACGACUGUCAGGAACUUGGAUAAGGACUGUCAGGAACUAGACUAAGGACUGUCAGGAACUAGACUAAGGACUGUCAGGAACUAGACUAAGGACUGUCAGGAACUAGGAUAACGACUGUCAGGAACUAGACUAAGGACUGUCAGGAACUAGGAUGACGACUGUCAGGAACUAGACUAAGGACUGUCAGGAACUAGACUAAGGAGAGUCAGGAACUUGGAUGAGGACUGUGAGGUACUAGGCUUCAGACUUUUAGGAUUUGAGCUAAUGACUGUCAGGAACUAGACUAAGGAGAGUCAGGAACUAGACUAAGGACUGUCAGGAACUAGACUAAGGACUGUUAGGAACUAGACUAAGGAGAGUCAGGAACUAGACUAAGGACUGUCAGGAACUAGGAUGAAGUCUGUCAGGAACUAGACUAAGGACUGUCAGGAACUAGACUAAUGACCCUUCUUACGACCUAUAGUGACUCCCUGAACACUGGACUUUUAAAGGCGUAUAUAUUUUCUUGCUCUCUUUCUGGAUCAAGCUUUGAAGUCCCAGGACCUGGAUGACUGAGAACCUUCACAGACAUCUAGACCUGGUCUAUGACACUGUACUGGCCUCUCAGUUUGCAGCCUUACAAACAUUCGUAUGUUUCCCAGAAAUACAUGUGUAGGUAGUCAAACCUUUUUCACAAGCAGUCCGUGAUUUAUACCGACGUGUAGCUAUGGACACUGAUCGUAUCCGUCUUCAAUAUGACUCAACACUAUCAAACCUGACAUGAUAUUUAAAACAUGUUUCACUAAUUCUUAACUCUGAGCACUUUUCUAUUCAAAAUUGAUACGAUGAUGUUUUGACUUACCUUUGUGUUGUUGUCGUCGUUGUUGUCACUGGUUUACACAUCCAUAGGUGGUUUCCUGUAGAAGUGAUAGUGGGUUAGUUACACAGAGGGACUUAUCCUGGGAGUGAAUUAUACCUGGAGUCAACAAUAUUUAUCAAAGGUUAUCUGAUGGAGGAGAAACUCUGAACAAAGUAACCUUUAACAAAUAUAACAUGACUCCAUAUUUUAGCAGACAUCUAUUUAAAAUGAUAAUUUAGCCAGGCGGUAGAAUCGUUCCACACCUGUGAAUUUGAUUCCUAUUAAGGUUUUGUUGUCCUUGAAUUGUCACUGUGUGUUUACUGUAUUCAAAUGUGAUGGAGUUGCAAACUAUUAAGGUGUGCCUUAAAUAAUAACUUUCUUUAUCUGAACCAA